AUGUCGGCUGCGGAAGGCACCGAGUGCUACAUCAUCCGUCUUCCCUACGAAUUGCUUACCUGGAUGCUCAAUGAUGCCACCCGUGAAUUCAGAAACUCCGUGGAGAGACACCCUGUGCGCGAAACGGGCGCUCGCAAAACCGCCAGGGCAUUACCGCUGGUGUGCCGGCGUUUCAACGCCAUUGCGAUGCCCCUUCUUUACGAGUGUGUCGUGUUGAAUUAUGUCGAUUUUAUUGGCACCAGCGAACUCCGGCACCGUACCGAUGAUAUUGUUAAUGCGGUUUGGGAUGAUUAUAUACCUGUUCCUUAA